GAGCCCACUGGGCUUAGGGUGCCAGCCCACUGCAGGGCCAGUUUGGAGUUGAGGAUCGACUUUCCGGCCGGUUUGGGGGAUCCAGCCGGGCAUGGGGAGAGCGUGCAGCUCCAGAACUGGGGUCCCCAACACAGCCAAGAGCAACGGGAUGCAAAGAGCCAGUCGGCCACUAGAAGGCGCUGGCACACAAGACCUUGAGUUGCUCGAUCGGCGGCCACGGUCACCUGGCGCAGGUAAAGGGCGUAAAGUGCCAGUCCGACACGGGGACACACCGCAGAGAGCUGACGGGACGAGAGGGUCGCGCCAGGCAAGAGUGACCAGCUUCCAGGUUCGCGGCCACCCAAAUCCCGUGUGGCGCGCCAUCGUGUGGGCGGAGGUCUUCAGGGUGACAGCCUUGUCACUGCCGCUUUGUGCGCACCUGCUCCACAACUGGAGGACCACAAGAUGGCGCGAAUGGUGCGUCGUGCCGCACAGAUGAUGCCGUGCGGCCCGUGCCUCUGCCAGUCGUCUGCCAGCCUUCGUGCCUUUGUUUGGCUGCACCACCCACGCGCGCCACUGCUAUGCUGAUCUGUGAAGACCCAAAACUCGUCACAGGGGUCCUGUGAGACCACCGCGGCUCCGGGCGGACUCGGGGUUGGGGCUGCCGUGAUCUCGUCGCUCACAUCGGCGGGUAUCGGCACGGGUGACAGCGGUGACAUUUACUGGCACUUCUACAUUUUUUUUCUUUCUGUUCCAGCGCGGACUUCUCGCGAAAGUGCGCGCGUGUGCGGGCCCGACUACGUGCACGCGCGCCCGAUUCGAGGAAGGGCGGUCCUCGGCGCCUGGCGCGGCCGGCGUCGACAGGGUGGGCGGAGCCCGAGCAAAAUACCACCACCCCCAACCCCCUGCACCCACCCCAACAGAGCGCAGCGCUUCGCCCGGCACAGACAGCGGAGGUAACGGCGGCGGCGGCGGCGGCGGUCGCGGGUGCAGCUGAGCGGCAGCCGGCGGCGACAGGAGCCUCGGAGAUACGCGUGACGGGGGUCGCCUUGCCGGCGCAUGUGAUGGCAGUGCGGAGCGCCGGCGCGGAGCGGCGAGGUUGAGGCAGCGAGGAGCUUGGAAGCAGAAGGCGGGGGUCUUCCGCUCGGUCGAUGCCAAGCAUCCCUUCCGUGAGCUAGUGGCAUGCCAGCUGGCGAGGGCACACAGCAGGUGGGGGCCCGUGAGACUGUGGAGUGCUGAUGCGCCGCUGCCACUCCCGAUCCGUCCUUCUCCUUUUGUUGCUUCGACGUGAUUUGGAUUCAGUGAAGACAAAGCCCCCCAGACAUGGGCACCGUCCUGUCCCUGUCGCCCGGCUCGAGGAAAGCCAGUCUGUACGAGGACGACGCAGGGUCCCUCAGCCACUACGCCAGCGUGCAAGGCAGCAAGUCGGCUGGCAGCCAGAAGGACAGGAACGCCAAGCGGCACCCCAUGUUCAUUCCCACGCUGACUUGGAAGCGGCUGGUGGCCUCUACCAAGAAGCGGGGCACCAAGAAGGGCAGCGGUGCUCUGAACAACAACUACCAGAAGGAUGUGGCCCACCUGAACAGUGAGAACGUCAAGAAGUCCCUAUCCUGUGCCAACCUCUCCAGCUUCGACGGCCAGCCCCUGGCGCCCCUGUCCAGCACCAAGGAGGGCUCCUCCAGCAAGAAGGUCACCGCACCAACUACCCGGCGGCGGGCGGGUGGCGGCUCCCCGAAGCGGGUCGUCGUCCAGGCGUCCACCAGCGAGCUGCUCAAAUGCCUGGGUGAGUUCCUGUGCGGCCGCUGCUACCGCCUCAAGCACCUCUCGCCCACCGAGCCCAUCUUGUGGCUGCGUAGCGUGGACCGCUCGCUCCUCCUGCAGGGCUGGCAGGACCAGGCCUUCGUGACGCCCGCCAACGUCGUCUUCGUCUACCUGCUGUGCCGCCACAUCAUCGACGGGGACCUGGUGGCUACGGAGCACGACCUGCGGGCCGCGCUGCUCACGUGCCUCUACCUGUCCUACUCCUACAUGGGCAACGAGAUCUCCUACCCGCUCAAGCCCUUCCUGGUGGAGAGUGCCAAGGAGGCCUUUUGGGACCGCUGCCUGCGCAUCAUCGAUACCAUGAGUGCCAAGAUGCUGCGCAUCAACGCCGACCCGCACUUCUUCACUCAAGUCUUCGCCGACCUCAAGAACGAGGGCGGCCACCGGGACUUCGGCCGAGUGCUGGACCGCUGAGGGGCACGCCCGGUGUGCCCUGCCAGGUCUGCUUGGGUUCAGGAGGUGGGCUCGGUGGCCCUGAAGACGCCGUUCAAGUCUUUUCUUGGCCCUAAGACUCUCUGGACUGUGCAGCUGCACUGGGGUCUCCUGGCACCUGCUGUUCAUUCGGUGGGUACGUGACAUGGGCACGCAGAGCCUCAUCCCUUGUGUCUCGCUUCUCCUAUCCCGCGGGCACGUGCUGCUGGGUUUUGUGCAAGGCAGGGGUCGGUGCGGGGCUGUCGUGGUACACGGCGGUGAGGCUGCUUGCGGUUGCCAUGCCGACGUGGAUGUCUGCAUUAUUGGGGGAGGGGGGCCGUCGCCGGAGAUGCCGCAGGCCUCGGCACCCGCGUGCUUCUGCCCAGAUUUGUGACGCCUCGCUCGUGACCCUGAGUCGGCCUUCCAGGUCAUCGCCAGGGUCCUCUGCCUGUCACCGCGGGGCGAGCCCCCCCGAGAUCGGAGGGACGGCAGACGGGGUGGGGGAGGGGUGAGGAAUGGCCAGGCGGGCGCUGGAGAUGCACAGAUGUUCUUUGGGAAAAUAGCAUUAGACAAGUUGGUCACGUGUGCCCUCGCCUGGUAAUCUGCAGUAAGAGGAUGGCGAAGGGCAAAGGCGCUUGAUUGUCACGGCAGAGCCCCCCUGUGCAGUUGGUUGCAGCUCCCUUUGUCCCCCGUGCUGCCCGCAUGUGACCCCCGGCCCCGUGACAGAAGGCCGUGAGACGAGGACGUGGAGGGCGCAGUCACCUCGGCUGUGAAUCUGCUCUGCUGGCCCUGCUUUCUUUGCCUUUAGGGUCUCAAUAAGCAUGUCAAUUAGGGCACAGCCCGACCCCCCCGGCUCGUGUACGUUGGCAUUUUUACGUUCCGUAGUUUUGUUAGUUGUUGUCCUCCCUGCCCCGACACGUUUGAGCUAGUUUAGGACCCCUGAAGUUUACGCACGUCUCCGGGGGCUUCAUGUCGCAUUGCACUUUGUGAAGGGCAGCCCGCCUGCGGGCGCUCACCGUGCCCAGUGCUCGUGAGGCGGAUGGCGACUUUUGUAAAGUCACGCGCUUGUGCAGUUUUGGUAUCGAGACUUCAUGUGUUUUUUUAUUUAUUUAUUUAAUAAAUGCUGGAAAGGA